GUCCUCUACAAAAUGACAAAGGACAGUCAGCGUGGUCAUCUUAUCAGGUAUAAAAACAACUGCGGCACCGAUGCCAAGUCAGAACAGCCAAACAAGACUUCUGAUCCGACCUCACAGCUCCUGAAAAUCUUCACCAUGAGGCGCUCCGUCAUGUCGGUCAUCUUUGCCACGGUGCUCCUCUUUGACUGUUAUGCACCGUCAGUUGCCUCACCCAUGGCUAAUACCGAAGACGGGUCCAUGGAGCAGGACGCCUUCACCUCUCUGCUGACCAAUGAGGCGACAGACAACAGCCUGGGCGAGGUUGAGCCCAUCCCCGUGACCAAAGCUAGAGUCCCUCGGGUCAUCGUCAUCGCAGCUGAUCCAAGCCUCUGGAGGGACCUGCGAGUGCUGCACGGCGGACUGUCGGUCUACAAGCGCACAGCAGACGACAACAACCAGGUCCUGGAGCACAGAAACCUGGCGCAGCAGCUGAACAUCCCCAUCCUGAGGAGGGACACCAUGAGGUGCAUGGUGGGGAGGGUCUACCGGCCCUGCUGGGAGGUCUGAGGACAAUUUGCCCUGCUCCUUGUUGGGAAGAACCUCAUCAUCCUGUCUCAUGCUGAGCUGUGGCAUUACCCACAAACCUCGAUGUACACUGAAUUAAUGCAGAUCUGAGAAUAAAUGUUGGUCAACUCUG